AUGGCAGCCAUUGUGUCUCUCCCUUCCCUGUAUUCGAUUUCCAGAAGCAAUUUCAGUGUCACUUCUAAUUUCUCCCCUUCUUUGAGUCCUCCGCUACGAUCCCUUCGUUUUCAAAGAAGCCGCAUGGAGAAUCGUUCUGUGUAUCUGAUGACAAAGAAGUCCCCAGAAUCGAGAAGGGUUAUGUCGCUUGCCGCCGAGGACACUGUAAUCACAGCAGCGGAGGAGAAGGAAGAAUCUCCGGUUGACGAGCCCGUUUCGAUUCCUGUCUCACCUUCCGACAUGUUUACCAUGCUCUUCCAGGCAGAAGGGACAAUGGCUGAAUCUAAUGUUCCGACUGUGACCAAAGCUUUACAGGAAAUAGAGGGAGUAGGUGAUAUAAAGGUUCAAAUCGUUGAGGGUAUUGCCAGUGUUGUCCCUUCUGCCUCAUAA